CAUGCUGAAAAGGGAGAUAAAGCCAGAAAGUGACAGGCCACGGAAAGUCCGGUUUCGGAUAGCGUCCUCUCACAGUGGGCGAGUUCUGAAGGAAGUGUAUGAAGAUGGGCAACCGUCAGGCUCUCUGGAUUCUGAAUGUGCCAGUAUCUGUGGGAUAGAUGGACUAAGUGAUUCUGAUGGAAAGCAGAAUGGCCACAUAGAAUCAGAAGGUGAUGAGAAUGAGAAUGACCAGGAUAGCUUGCUGGUGUUAGCAAGGGCUGCGAGUGAGAAGGGUUUUGGUACAAGAAGAGUCAACAUUUUAAGCAAAAAUGGCACAGUCAGGGGCGUCAAAUACAAAGUGAGUGCUGGCCAGGCUCUAUUUAACAAUUUGACCAAAGUAUUACAGCAACCAUCAACUGAUCUAGAAUUUGACCGUGUAGUGAUUUAUACCACCUGCCUUCGUGUGGUCCGGACAACCUUUGAAAGAUGUGAACUGGUUAGAAAGAUUUUCCAAAACCAUCGCGUAAAAUUUGAAGAGAAAAACAUAGCCCUGAAUGGUGAAUAUGGAAAAGAGUUGGACGAACGAUGCCGACGAGUUUCUGAAGUUCCUUCCCUCCCUGUUGUAUUCAUUGAUGGCCAUUACCUUGGGGGUGCUGAGAAAAUUUUGUCAAUGAAUGAAUCAGGAGAACUGCAAGACAUCCUAACCAAAAUUGAGAGAGUGCAGCAUCCACAUGAGUGUCCCUCUUGUGGAGGCUUUGGCUUUCUUCCAUGCUCCGUGUGCCAUGGGAGCAAGAUGUCUGUGUUUCGAAACUGCUUCACAGACUCUUUCAAAGCCCUGAAGUGUACGGCUUGCAAUGAAAAUGGUCUUCAGCGUUGUAAGAACUGUGCUGGUUAAUUGGAGCUCCUACCCAGGGAAAGCCUCAUUUUAUUAACCAGACGCAAUACUUUGGUUUAUAUAUAUAUUUUUUAAAUGGUUAUGUUUAUGGAUUAGUCAAUAAACUUCGUUUAUUAUAA